GCACCCGGGGCUCUCCGCCCGCGCACUGACAGGCGCUCACAGGUGCCGCCGCGCUCGCCCCGAGCCGCGCAGGGGCGGCUCCGCUGCCCUCCCGGCUCCGCACCGGCGGGAGGGAGGGAGUUAGCUGGGGAGAGAGGAACGGCGGAUUAGCAGCGGCCGCGCCGGAGCGAUACCGAAAUGUUGUCAUUGAUUCUGAUCUGUUCUGAAAAGGAUGUUGGAAAAUUGGAGGAGGUUCAAAGGAUGAGAGAGAGAGAGGUAUUUGGAGGCUUAAAAUUACUCCCCCACCAUCACCACAUGAGGAAUUCCCCCUGUUCACUUCGAUCAAAAAGGAUGGCUGAGAAAUGAGUUGGUUUCCUCAAGGUUCUGGAAGUUGCAGGGCGUUUGGUUGCUAACUGACCUGAAACUUAUGCUCCACCUUGGAAAGAUCUGCAGAGGGACACAAUUAUCUCCACAUACCCCACAGUUCUCUGCAUCAGAAGAAAGGGACUUCAUGACUUUGUAGAAGUUUUCUCACUCUUCUCCAUUUUUUUUUUUAAGAAUUUCCUCUGUCAGAAAUUAUAAGCAAAGAUGCCAGCCAAGACACCCAUCUACUUGAAAGCAGCAAACAAUAAAAAAGGGAAGAAAUUCAAACUAAGGGAUAUCUUGUCUCCUGAUAUGAUCAGUCCACCACUUGGAGAUUUUCGUCACACCAUACACAUUGGAAAAGAGGGACAACAUGAUGUUUUUGGAGACAUCUCCUUUUUGCAAGGCAAUUAUGAGCUAUUGCCUGGAAAUGAAGGAGAAACCAGAGUUAGUGAGUCUGGUGUCCAUAAUGAAUUCUUAAGGGCAAACAGCACUUCUGAAUCCAUGUUUACGGAAACUCCAUCACCAGUGCUGAAAAAUGCUAUUUCCCUUCCUGCCAUUGGGGGUUCUCAAGCCCUUACAUUGCCUUUACUGUCACCAGUGACAUUUAAUUCAAAGCAAGAUUCUAUCAGGUCAUCAAGAAAUCCUAGGCUAAGCUGUGAACCAGUAAUAGAAGAAAAAUUGCAGGAGAAAAGUGAACAGAUCGAGGAUGAAGAAACAUACAAAGAUGACAUAUGGGAGCAAAAUGGUUCUGUGCAUUUUACUAAUGGUAGAGACAGUCACUCAUCCAGCUUUUCUGAACGAUGCACUGAUUGGCAAACAGUUGAUUUAUUUGAUGACAGCCAACUUUCAUGUGAACUAACCAAGACAAAGAGUAAGUCAGAAGAAUCCCUUUCAGAUCUUACAGGCUCUCUUCUCUCGUUGCAACUUGACUUGGGACCAUCACUUUUGGAUGAGGUCCUCAAUGUAAUGGACAAGAAUAAAUCUUAGAACUGGUACUCCCUUGCUUCUUUACAAAUGAUUACUUAAACUAACAAACAAAAAACAUAGUUCAAAAGUAGAGACUCAUAAAAAUCAGCUGUAUUUACAGUUGUUUGACGGGUUUUCUAAAAAUAUUCUUAAAAUACUAUUUUUUUACCAAUCGUUUUUCAUGAUUUUUAUUACACUAAAUUCUCAUAGCAGAAAGGUAAAUUUUAAUAACAGUUUUCAGCAAAUAUAAAAUGUUUUUAAGUACCAGUAUUAAUGAUCAGAAAAUGAAGAAAUGGAGUUUGAGGAUGAUGCUGAUUGUGACAUUUGGUUAGUUCACUUCUACGGGCUUCUGAAUAUAUGACAAUAUGAGAAGUGUCAGAAAGAAGACUGAUGUUAAUUCUUCACUUCUAUAAAUUAUUACAGUAUCACUUUACAUGUAAGCCUCAUACUAGAAUCUUGUGUUUGAGGGUUUGAUAGUGUUCAUUUUCCAUAGUACCAUUUCUGUUAUACCUUCACUGUAACUACAUUCUCAGUCUUAUUAUUACCACUCUGUAUUCAGAUGUGAACAAUUUGAAGGCUUUUUCAGCUUGAACACAUGGUCCAGAUUCUAAGCUGCUUGAAAUUAGUAUGCACAAAUUUACACAAAUUUAGGCUUGGGCCUGACAUUGUAUAUGAAAUGAUAUGUUGUAAACAAGUGACACAUGCAAGAUAUUAUGGUUAAAUUAUUUUAAAAGUUAAAAUAUAUUUUUUGUGUGCAUAUUGGCUUUUUACUGCAAACCCUACACAUACUGUACCUUACUAAAAUAGUUGCUUGGCAUUAUUGGUGCUCUUCUGAAAAUUGUAUAUUUGUGUGUUUGAAAAUAAAUAUGUAUUGAUAUUCCUUGCUUUUUCUUCUUCAUAUAUUGCCACACAUGCUUAAAUUUGCAGCUGAUUAUUUUACUUUUUGAGGAAGGCACUGGUUAUUCACAAUGCUUGUGAUGUGUACUGCAACAAACAAUGUUUUGGAAAAUGUGGAUCCUUUAAUACCAUAGCAACAUCGAUUGCAUAGAUAUCUUGUGCAAUACAAUAAAAAACUUCAACUUUCA